AGAAAAGCUUUCACUCGCGACGAAUCUUCAUGGAGACGUCGAGGCUACCGCUCUCGUCCACCGAUCUCGCUCGAGGUGAUUCUUUAGCUACUGAUAGUACCUUAGGUUUAGGUCUGUUCGUUUGGUCGCUGCAGGAACCGGCGGUAGCGGCAGCGUCUACGUCAAUUUUUGUUUGUUUUGUUGAUGUAGAAAGCUGCGUCUGACGCCGCGUCCGAACGCCGCGUCCUACAGCUGGUGCCGAUAAAAUCUGCGGUCGCGACAUAAUAUACGGCAGCGUCAGCGUCUGCGAAACAAAUAACAAUUAUCUUCAUUAACACUGCCGCCACUACUGACACUGACGCUGUCACCGAAACUUGCGACAAUUAAACGAACAGGACUAGAGAGAGAUCCUGAAUCGAGGAGGAAGCUUUGCCGCGGAUUACUACAUCUUGAUAAGAUCUUGGAAGGUGGAAUAAGCUGUAAGGAUGUUACAGAGAUUGGUGGACUACCUGAUUGUUAUGAACCGGGUUUUACGAAUUUAACCGGUUAUGGAAUUAAUCGUUGACUAAUUUUAUUACCAAUGUCUCUCGUCGUGGUCUCAGUGUGUCGGCUUCUUCGUCUUCCAACUUUGAGCAUCUUCCCCAAAUUUUCACCUCUUUCUGCUUUCAUGAAUUCAUCGAAUCUCGGUUCUUCCAGCAAACCUGCCUUCUCUUCCUUCUCACAGUCCAGCAGAAGCGGCGGUAGAGGAAGAGGAAACGAGAGAGAUAAUGAUCGUCGGAGGCCUCAGGGUCGUGGUGGCGGCAGAGGAGGAGGAGGAGGCAAUGAUAGAAUCGAUGCUCUUGGAAGACUCUUGACGAGAAUCUUGAGACACAUGGCUACUGAGCUGAGACUGAACAUGAGAGGUGAUGGUUUUGUUAUAGUUGAAGACUUGCUUAACCUGAAUCUUAAAACGUCUGCAAACGCUCCCUUGAAGUCUCAUACCAUUGAUGAAAUUAGAGAGGCAGUGAGAAGGGACAAUAAGCAACGUUUUAGCCUCGUUGAAGAGAACGGAGAGCUCUUGAUUCGCGCUAACCAAGGCCACUCUAUCACGACAGUUGAAUCUGAAAAGUUACUUAAACCAAUAAUGUCACCGGAAGAAGCUCCAGUGUGUGUGCAUGGAACAUAUAGGAAGAAUUUGGAAUCCAUCUUAGCAUCUGGUUUAAAGCGUAUGAAUAGGAUGCACGUUCAUUUUUCUUGUGGCUUACCAACAGAUGGUGAAGUGAUAAGUGGCAUGAGAAGAGAUGUUAAUGUCUUGAUCUUUCUCGACAUCAAAAAAGCUCUUGAAGAUGGGAUUGCAUUCUACAUUUCGGACAACAAGGUUAUUUUGACUGAAGGUGUUGAUGGUGUAGUGCCUGUUGAUUACUUCCAAAAGAUUGAGUCUUGGCCUAGCCGGCAACCAAUUCCUUUCUGAUUUCUUGUUUAUACAAUACGUUCAAUGAAAUUUUUUAUUGGACCACAUUUGUGACUUAUCAGAUAUACAAUUGUUACCACCUUAGUAUUUAAUAACCUGUGUUGUUCAUGUGGUCUGGAAUUCUAGAAACAAACGUUUGCAGAAACAAUACAUUUAAUCAUUCACGUUU